GCGGCGAGCGGGGCGCGGGCCAUGCGCCGCCGCCUGUGGCUGGGCCUGGCCUGGCUGCUGCUGGCGCGGGAGCCGGGCGCUGCGGGGGCCCUGAGCGCGAGCGCGCCGCGCAGGGCGCGCAGCUACCCGCACCUGGAGGGCGACGUGCGCUGGCGGCGCCUCUUCUCCUCCACGCACUUCUUCCUGCGCGUGGACCCCGCGGGCCGUGUGCGGGGCACCCGCUGGCGCCACGGCCCGGACAGCAUCAUCGAGAUCCGUUCUGUCCACGUGGGUGUCGUGGUCAUCAAGGCCGUACACUCGGGCUUCUAUGUGGCCAUGGACCGCCAGGGCCACCUCUAUGGGUCGCGGGUCUACACUGUCGACUGCAGGUUCCAGGAGCGCAUUGAGGAGAACGGCUACAACACCUAUGCGGCACUCCGCUGGCGCCACCGUGGCCAGCCCAUGUUCCUGGCACUGGACAGGAGGGGGGCCCCCCGGCCUGGCGGCCGGACGAGGCGGCACCACCUGUCCACCCACUUCCUGCCCGUCCUGGUCUCCUGAGGCCCCACGAGGCCGGGAGGGGCCUCCGACAGACUCGAGAGGCGCAGGCCUGAACUGGCGCCUGUUCUUCCAUUGAGUGCCUGCUGCUGGCGCAGUGCGGCCCACACGUGGUCGGCUCCCAGGGAGCCCCGAGUGGUAUCCCGUGUCCAGUCACGAGCUGGGGGGUGAGGAUCCCGCAAGGCACCCCCUGGGUGGAAGGAUGUGGUUGUCGGAAGUCUGGGAAGGGCAUUCCAGGUGGGGCCCAGCCGGCCCAAGGCGCGGAGGUGGGAACACGUGGAGGGGCAGUUGGGGCUGAGGCCACGUGUGAAGUGGGUGGAAGAGGAGGUGGGCGAGGGCGGAGCAGGCAGAGACGGUGAUGUAGGCACCACACAGGCAGGGCAACAGCCCACAGACGUCCCCGUCCUGAUCCUGGGACCUGCAGGUAUGCUAUCUCCUGCAGACACAGGGACUUUGCCAGUGGGAUUAAGGACCUUGAGACGGGAGGUCACCCUGGAUGACCCGGGGACCCAGUUUCAGCACAGGCAGGGAGGGAGGCAGGGAGACUGGAAGACGCUGCGCUGCUUGCUCUGAAAGAGGAGGAGGGCCCCAAGCCGAGGGACACGGGCAGCCGCUAGACGCUGAGAAAGGCGGGAUGUGGUUCUGCCCUGGAGCCCCCAGGAGGGACCGGCCUUGCCACACCCUGAUUUUAGCCCAGAGAGGCCCACGUCAGAUUUCUGACUCCAGAACUGUCAGACGAUAAAUGUUUUAAGCCAUUGA